AUGGGUAUUAUAGCUCCAGAUGAGUUUUCGACUCGUAAUAAUAUUCCACCACAGUCGCAACCACAACCAGAGUCACAGCCACAGCUAGAGCCACAACCACUUGCCAUUUUAAAUGAAGUAGAAGUUACUGGUCCUUUAGUUUGUAUCGACCAGACUGAGUUUGGAUCAUCUCAUGGAUCUACCUUCAGUGACGGAUCUAGUUUAAAAGUUGGUCAGUACUUUACAAGUAAGAAUGAUUUGAAGGAAAAGCUACAUUUAAUAGCUUUGAAGUGGAAGUUUGAAUUUCGAACAACAAAAUCAAAUAAAGACGUGAUUGUAGUAGAGUAUGUGGAUCCGAAAUGUGUGUGGCGUAUUCGAGCCUGCACACUGAAACUAUCGAACAUGUUUGUAAUCCGCAAGUAUAAUGGUGUUCACUCUUGCUCGUUAGAAAAACGUUUGGCGAAGCACAGGCAAGCAACGUACUCCGUUAUUGGAAGUUGCAUGAAAAACCAAUUUAUAGGCGUCAAACAGGGUCAUGUUCCCAAAUCAAUUCAAAAAUAUGCCCGUGAUGAAUUCGGGACGGACUUCAGUUAUUACAAAGGAUGGAAGGCUCGUGAGCAUGCAUUUCAACUCCUAAGAGGUACGGCUGAAGAAAGCUUCACUAAGCUCCCAUCAUACUUUCAUAUGGCGUCUCUUACUAAUCACGACAGUAUCACCAAUAUUCAUUUUGAUGAACAUAACCGUUUUAUCUAUCUUUUCCUAGCAUAUGGACCUUGUAUACGAGGUUUUGGUUGCAUGAGGAAAGUUAUCAGUGUUGAUGGAACGUGGUUGAAGGGAAAAUUCAGAGGUACGUUGUUAGUUGCCACUGCACAGGAUAGUGAACGUCAUUGUUAUCCCAUCGCGUGGCCCAUUGUAGACUCAGAGAAUGAUGCAUCUUGGACAUGGUUCUUCUUGAACCUGAAGGAAAUUAUCACUGAUUCUGAGAAAUUAGUUUUUAUUUCUGAUAGGAAUCAAAGUAUAAGUAAUGCAUUAUCUACAGUUUAUACAUUAGCACGUCACGGUUGUUGCACAUGGCAUGUGUCUCAAAACAUCAAGAGUAAUUUCAGAUGUAUCGGUGUUCUGCCAUUGUUCUUUAAAACCGUUGAGGCCUACCACAUUGACGAGUUUUCUGUCUUGUUUGAUGAGUUGUCUGUAAGAUAUCCCAGUAUUGCCAGAUACCUACAGGAGCAGAUACCAUGCGAGCAUGCAAUAUCAUGUCGUAGAGAAGCAGGAAUAUCUCUCUAUGAUUUAUGCUCAAAAUACUACAGGACAGAAGUUUGGGCUCUUGCGUAUGCUGAGACAAUCUAUCAUGUGCCGGAUACGGCGCAAUGGGAUAUUCCGAAUCACGUAAAGGAAGUUCACCUUCUUCCACCGUGA